GACAGACUUAAAGGCAGCAUGGACUCCGAGUCGCACCGUUGCCAUAGUAACACGUGUUUACGUUGCAGUUGAUGACUGCCGUUUUGUCGCGCUGCUAGCAGAUAAGGCUAACUACAGUCUGUAAAGGUCGAAAUUUGAAAUAAUAAUAAUACAAGGACAGGGAACAUGAGCAGGAUUCAGGAACGAGCAGAAUUGGCACCAGAAGAAAAAAACUCAGCGAGUGCUCGGCCUUCGGAUGUGGCAGAAAAAGGAGGAAAGACACAUGCUCCUCCAGCAGUUCAAUCUCCCCAAUCACACGAGGUGAAGAAGGACGAAGAGGAGACAGAGGAAGAGGAGGACAAAGACCUCAAGGCUCCUUUGGACCUCCUAAUCAAAUUCCUCGCAGCUGUGACGGACAGAGACUUUGAGUCGGCCCACCAGCUGUGUCAGAUGAUUCUCAUCUACGAGCCAGACAAUCCCGAGGCCUCCGAGUUUCUCCCACUGAUCCACAGGAAGCUGCUGGAGGAGCGAGAGGCCGAGCAGAGCUGCGAGGAAGAUGACGGGAAAAAGGAUGAGAGUGAUGAUGAUGAUGACGACUCUGGAAGCUCAAGCCACUCUUCACCAUCUGAUGAUGAUGAUGAUGAUGAUGAUGAAGAAAUGUGCGUGAACGGACACGAGCCAUGCCCUCCUUCUUAAAUGUUAGCCCUAAAUCUGUUGUACCACAGAGGCACUAUAUCAUCACACACAUAUUGUGCUGGGUUUUUUAAAGGGUCAGUGUGUAACAUUUAGGUGAGCAUAUUGUAUAUUGGCUCAAGUCAAAUCCAUAGAAUUAGUUUCCAGCUGUGAGUAUCUGGGAGUUUCUUACAGACCGAGAGCUUGCAUUUAAACCUGAUCUGAAAACUCAGAGAGAGAAACUUGGCUUCCAUUAUCGACUAAAUCUCGCUUCUCCCUCAGGGUUCGAUAA